CUUAUCUCCUGUCAUCUUCAGCGUAAGAGUGUUCCUCAUCUGUCAAAAGCAGUUUGCUUCCAUGCAUCUUUCUUUGAUGGCCAUUGAAAAGGUCUGGAAAUCCCAAAUUUACAAGACCAAAUUAAAUACAUUCUUUCCACUCCUUUAUACCAUCUCUUGGUGAUUGUCCCUCUAUCUGGUGACAGUUAAAGCCCUAUCUGGAUCUUGCUGGAAGAUCUCAUCUCUCUUGUAACCCCUCAGCAAACAAAGAAAAGAACAAGAAGUUCUUUCACGUGAAAACGACAGUGCUGAUGUGGCCGUGACAACUAUUCACAUUUCUUGGCAGCAGAGACUCUUAAAUGGUGACUUGUGUGAAGAUAGGCAUGGUUAUUUUUUUCUUCAAGGAUAUGAUGCAGUGAAUCAUCAGUCAAGUAAAAGCGAAGACACUUAGUAAACACUCAGACCACAUUAUACUCUCCAAAGGAGUAUCUAUUGUUCUGGGUGUAGUAGAACCACAGGACAGGAGUCUACAAGAUAAGUUUGGGGAAAAUGGCUUGUGAAUUUAAUCUAAACUUGCUUAAGGAAUUGGAACGAGAUGCUGUUCUGGAAGUGCUGUACCGUGACCAGAUGGUGAGGAAAAGGGAGGAGGAAAGAAUAAGGAAACUGAAACUGCAGCUGCAGCAGCUUCGGUGGAAAGGGCCAAGAAGUGUAAGCCAUGAAUACAAGGAGAGAUCUUGUGCUCGCUGUCAGAAAUCACUGGGUUUAUUGAUGAACAGAGGAGCAGUCUGCCAUGGGUGCAGUCAUCGAGUGUGCUCUGAAUGCCGGGUCUGCCUGAAUCCUUGCCUUUGGAAAUGCACCGUUUGUUAUGCUCAUGGAGAUGUGAAAGUAAAGGCUGGUGAAUGGUUCUUUGAGGAACGAGCAAAGAAAUAUCCAGAUGAAGGCAGACAUGAAACAGUUGGUGCAAAGCUCUUGAAAUCUUAUCAGAAACUGAGCAAAAUUUCUGUUGUGCCUCCAACUCCACCUCCUUUCAUGGAAUCCACAGCAGGAAGCAACACGACAGUAAACGAACUGGGACAGUCUAGAAGUUUCAAUAAAUCUGUCGAAAACUUGUUUUUAUCUCUCACAACACAUAUAAAAAAAAUAUCCAAGUCCCAGAAUGAUAUGGCUGACAAACAUCUCCUGACCACAGAUUAUGGGGGGAAUGUGGAGAGAAGGAAGCAAAGAAGGAGCCAGUCUGACACUGCCAUCAACAUUACAAGCAGGAUGAAAAGCUGUCCCAGUCUCACCACUGUUGCCCAAGAUGACAGUGAAAUUCUGACCAAAAGGAAUUUCAAGGACGAGGAAGACAUAACAACCAGUCCCACAAGUGAUGCAGUUUUCUGUGAUGGCAGAAAAUAUGAGAGUUUAUAUAGCCUUAACAGCACUUGCACCGAGUCUGGCAAUUUUGGCAAGGCUGAUGUCAUGGGAGAAAUAGAGUUUUCCAUCAGAUACCUCUUCAAAUCUUGCAUCCUAGAGAUUUGCAUCAGGGGAUGUAAGAACUUGGCUUAUGGAGAAGAAAAGAAGAAAAAGUGCAACCCGUACGUGAAGGUUUAUUUGCUUCCCGAUAAGUCACCUCGGAGCAAGCGGAAGACGGCUGUCAGGAGGAACACAGUGCAUCCAGAAUUUGCUGAGACUCUGAAGUACAAGAUUGAAUACUCCCAGCUGAGAAGUCGGCAGCUUCAGAUCUCCGUGUGGCAUGCAGGAGCACUCAAAUACAGGGUGUUUUUGGGGGAAGUGGUGAUUCCACUGGCAGCAUGGAAUUUCAAAGAGAACUCGAUGCACUUGUUCAACUGGUACCGGCUCAAACCCAAGCUUGGCAAGCCUGAAGAUGAUCUUAUCCAGUACAGCGGUGAACUCCUUGUGUCUGCAAGACUGUCAGUACCAGCCCACUAUAAAAAUACCCAGAUGGAAGGAAAAAAAAACCGAGGAGUUCCCAGGUGCCAGCUUCAGGUUAUGAUAUUUGGGGCCAAGAACUUGCCCUUGCUGAGAUCUACUGGAAUGCCAAGCUCAUUUGUUAAAGGCUGUCUUGUCCUUCCAGACCAAGCAGAGGUAAAGCGAAAGUCUCCUGUCCUGAAGAGAGAAGCCUGUCCCCAGUGGAAGCACUUGUUUGUCUUUGAUGGUGUCACCCAGGCUCAGCUACAGCAGUCGUGUCUACAUUUGACCGUCUGGGACCAGGCAGCUUUCAGCUCAAGCGAUCAGUUCCUAGGAGGAGCCAAGCUUGGUGCAACAGAAUCAUGGGGCUCCAGCAACCUCGUCUGGCAGUCAGUGCUCCAAUGGCAGGAAGUGCUCAGCAGCCCGAAUGUGUGGAUGGACUUUACACUUACACUGCAUUCAAAUGAGGAAAACUUUAAAUCAUGAGAGAUUACCACAGCUCUUUCCUUCCCCAUCUGUGACAUUUUAAAUGUAGGUGCCACACACAUAGCUUUCAGGUCUGGGGAAAGGUACACUGUAACAGUACCCACUCCAGCUUUUGGGGAACAGAUUUAUGUUUGAAAGCCUGUGACUUUCUGAAGGCUUUAAGGCUCCAAAAGUUAGUUCUGUUAUCUAGCUGGAGACUAAGGUUAGUAUUGUUUCUUCAGGAGUGACAAACUCAGUCUGAAACAUGUUAUGCUGACAAAGCACCAGUAGACAGAUGGUACAGUUUCACUUUUCAGAGUGGUAAUUGUUUAAUUUAAUCACAGAUAUGAUUCUUUCUUAGACAAAAUACUUUACCUUAUGUGAUUUCCUGCUGAUCUUGGUAUUUUAUGUUCAGAGAGAAUGGAAAAGCAGCUUACCUGUAACUGCUUGCUGACAACCCUUCUCUGCUUCCACAAUUCUCCACAGUGCGACUAUUUCACGUGACCGUGAGAAGGUUUGGUGUGUAGCUGCACGCCUCUCUAAUGUGUAAGCUGCAACAGUGCUUAAAACCAGUUAACUGUGUAUGUUCUCUCUCCCUUGGAGUGUGAGUCAACAGCUAACAGUAAGUGUGCUUGUAAAAGUCUGUUGUUUUUAGCAGCUGCCAGUGUCAGAGCAUUAGCAGCUCUGAUCCAUACGGUGUGCAGCCUGGGUUGAGACUUCAGCCAAGGUUAUCACUUAUUCACGUGAACUGGUGAAUAAAGCCUAAGGCCCAAGGAGUGUCGCAGUUCACUUUGCCUCAGGGUGUUACAAUUAGCAGAAACUUCAUAGAGAGAACCAGGGCUGCUGUUCUAUACCUCUCAUCAUUAUAGCAAGUGUUUUCCUUUCUGGGUCAAGGUGGCUUUUAAGGACUUAAGACAGAGAUUCAUAUGCUAAACUUGGGAACUAAACAAGCAGCAGCGCACCCCACAAGAAACACUUGACUCCAAGUCCUUUGUUACUCUGCAGAUCUUUUAUUUAGAUGUUUGCUGCUGCAAAUAAAAAAAAACCACACAAGAUUCAACUCAAGUAUAAAGCAGCAUAGAUGUUAUAAAUGGAAGAGAAGAGCUGACAACACACUGUAUCUCACUUUCUAACAGAUUUUCAAGGAAAAGGGGAGAUUAGUGGGGAAGGAAUGGUCACAGAAAUGAUCUCUAAUAGAGAGAAAACAACUGUGAUAUAAACAAGCAGUCCCUUCAUCUUUGGAGUCUGAAACUUUAAAUCAAACAUUUUUAAAAAAAAUUAGAAAAUGUGUUAGAAAAAUAGGUGCAGGAAAAUUGUAUCUAUUGGAUCAUGUGUACAUUGAACAGUUCUCACUAAGUAAAAAAAGUGAUCUUUACAAAUAAUGUUUUAUAGCAAAUAAUCAGCUGCACUGGAUCUGAUGACAGCGUUGUUUAGGCAUUUUUACAGGUGCAAGUCUUAUUAAAUCUGGAAAGUAACAAAA